AUGCCGCGUACGAAUCGUGCAAAAUGCGUUGCUUGCGAUCGAACUAUUCGAAGUCCAAGUAUACGUCUUUUAUCCACAAAUCUUCUCAGAAUUUUCGUAUCAAUUGAACAACGUAAACGAGUCACAGCCACCGAUGCUAUAUGCUAUAGUUGUCGAUGGAGAUACAUUCAAUGGAAGAAAUUGACGAUGGGUGAUUUUGAUCACUUUAAUACCAUUGAUCAAGAUGAUUCGGAACCCGAUGAUGAAAUAAAUGGAAACGAUGACACGGUAAUGAGUGUUUCGUCUUCAAUGUCAACUGAUGAAGAGGAUGAAAAAAUGGAUCCGGCAGAGAACAAAGGCACAACGAUUAGUUUUCCUGUAUCUCGUUGCUCGAAAUCACAUAGAUAUUGUAUCGUGUGCUCAGAGAAAAAUUCCAAAUCAAUGCGUGUAUUAACAAAAGAACAACGUACCAUGAUUUUUCUAAAACGAGGAAUUCUCGUACCUGAAAAUGCUCGCUGUUGCUCUCUACAUAUGUAUAAUCGUCAACUCACUUAUGAAGCAGUGGAAAUGAUUCAGCCUUCAAAAUUUGAUACUUUGAUUUUAAAUGGUGAUGAUGUCCAGAAUUUAAUAAACGAUUUUCGAUUAGCUAUUGAUAAUAGUAAAUCGUUUGAUUUUGAUAAUCCAAGCAGUCUCGAUGAUGAGGCUUACAAAACAAUUACUGGUCUUAAUCGAGGUUGA